GUUCCUGUUUCAGUUUGACAGACCUUAAUACAUAGAAAGAAACUUCCUCACAUACGAAGAAGUAACUGCACAGGCUGCUUAUCUCCUGUAGAACAGAGACGUUUGAUUGUUACCACAACUCACAUUCAGAUGGAAAGUUUUCAAGUUUCAUCAAUGUAAAGUCUUCUGUUAUUUAUACCUAUGUGACAAAAUGCCUUCUUCAAUUGCCUUGAUUAUUUUUUUUCACCUGGUAUAUUCUGAAGCUAUACCAGACAGUGAACAAAUUGUAGAAAUCCCCCCACCUACAGACUUUAUUAAUACAGAAAUACGUUUAGGAGUUUUUAACUUCACUUGGAAUUCGAACCUUUCGUAUAAUAAGGAUUAUGCUGUACAUUACAAGGUGUGCAUUGGGGAUCUAGGCAAUGAAGACUGUAAGGAACAGGAGAUGAAAGUUGCUCAUUUUAAAAGAUUUGUAUCCAGAGGAGUUUUUGCAAAAGUUAAAACUAUUGUGUUUUCUGGUAAUAGAAAAGUUGAAAGCAAUUGGACCGUGAAGACUUUUCCGCUUUCAAAAGGCAUAACUGAACAAGCAUUACAGAAUGUGUCCUGCAUUUUGUACAACUUUGACCAUGUAAACUGUACGUGGGAAACAGCAAAGGAAGUGCCAGAUGAUGCACAGUACUCGGUUUAUUUUGGGCAAAGAAAUAGACAUUUUUCAUGUCAUCAAUUUAUUAGAAAUGAUCAGAGGAAAAUUACUGGAUGCCAUAGCAAAAAAGGGACGGAUUUUCUUGAUAAAAGACUUUACCUACUUAUCAACGUGUCAGGAGUAGACUUCUAUUCUGCUCCCAGAUUCAGAUUUGAGCCAUAUAAAAUAGAGAAGCUCAACCCGCCAGAAAAUAUCACAAUAGCAAAAAAAACAGAUGGUUUACACAUUGUAUGGGAUCAGCCAUAUUCAUUACUUACCAACACAAAAAAAUGCUUUAUUUAUGAAGUAAAGCUAAGUGAAAACGAACGAUUCUUUGAGCCAUUGAAAAUCAUUAAGGACAUUAAUUGUUCUAUAACAACUUUUGACCCAACUAAGAGCUAUUCUUUACAAAUACGAGCAAAGAGAUCAUCAUCUUGUAGAGAAAACCUAUUUUGGAGUGACUGGAGUAAAACCAUUAUGAUAAAUGGCACAUCUCCUAAUCCCACAGUAUUGUUAGUUGUCAUAGCUGUGAUUGUGUCUGCUUUCUUUCUUACUGUGUUCAAGUGGAAAGGACCAAAGGUUUUGCGAAAACUUUUCCCGCCAAUUCCUAGCCCUACCAAUAAAACGAAGCAGUGGUUGGAAAAAGAAGACAUUAUCCAGCCUUUCAAUCCAAGGGGACACCCAACCGAUAUUGAGAACAUUAUUAAAAUUGAAGAAAAUGAAGAAAGUGAUACAUUGUGAAGAUGCCUAUAUUUAUAAAGUGAAGAAGAAAAGUAACUGAUGAACUGAUUACUAACUAUUUUAAUAAUUAGCUACAGCAGUUCAGCUUCCACCAUGCUUUAGAACUAGGCAGACUAACGCGCGCGGGCGAGAGCGAGAGAGAUUUUGUUCUUCUGCAGUUUGUUUAUUCAGUACUUGUAUAAAUAACUAGAAUAUUAUUAAUCGGUUAUUUACUCUGCAAUGAGUGACCGAAUGUAUACAAUGUCAUCAUAAAGUGUCUGGUCUAGCAUUCAAGAAUCAGACGCUCUUUUUGCUUAUGUUAAUGUCAACCAGUUGCAAACCUACCAUUUUAUAGGAUGUUUAUAUCCAUUUUCCUGUAGCUAGGUUAGAUUGCUAUUGGGUGGCUACAUUACAUUAUUUUCUUUUUCUAAAGCUACAGGUGAGAAACAGUAAGACAUGUUUAUUAUUUUUAUAUACAUUUUCAUAUGUCGUGUUUCAUCUGUGUGUUCUCUAUUGUUCUCUGUCAUUGUUUCUGCUAAGAUUAUUAUUUAGCAGGGUUAUUUUCACCACUGAAUUUGCUUCUGAGCAGACUCCUAAUGCUGAAGUGAAGUGGUUUAAAACUACCACUAGACUUGUGCAGCUAUUAUUUAUGUCCCCUCACUGUAAAUUUUAAUUUCCUCUGCAAAUUCCAAAUUUCUACUGCUAUGCCUUACACAUAUUAGUAUGUUUUAAUUUUAUAGUGCAAGGCAAAAUGGAAGGACUCACAUAUUUUCCCCCAGUUAUGAGUUUUAAUAUCUUGAUUUCUUGGAACCCUAAUCAUAGCUGGCCAGUGAGAGAAGAACAGUGUUUUCAGUGGUUUGUGUUUGAAGACUGUAUGACUUAAAUCGCCAGUAAACAUUUACACUGUACAGUAUUUGUGCAAGAAUAUGUAAACCUUUGUCUUUUAAAUUGACUACCCAUGCACGUAGCACCACAUGACAUUGUUAUCUGCGGUUAGAUUCAAAGAAUGUAUUGGAAAACAGAGUUCAGACAGCAGAGCACAUGUCCUCUUAAAUAAAGUCUACAUAGCUCUCAGCUUCUUGUUCCAGUGGAAACAGGUGUGUCUUGAAAGUGUCUGUGAUUUUCGAUGCCUGACUGUUGUUUGUUACUGUAAGUUGCACAUGUCUGGGGUUGACCUGUUUUGACCCUAUUGCAUAGAUGGGGGGUGUGGCAGAGCAAAGCAAAGCAAAGCUCUGCCCUUUAUAAAUUGGCAGGGAUGCGGUUACAUUCCCC